UUCCUUCCUCCGUCCACAAUCAAAAAUACUGUUAACUUCUCGAUACAGAUGUGGGGAAACAGGAAAUCAAUAAUUUCAACAAGAUUCAUCAGGAAACACAAAGUGAAUGUCUGAGCUAUUGAAGGAAAAUUUUCAUGGGUGAAGCAAGGAAGAUGUGAGCAUUUUCUUUUAAAAUCCUGGCAGUAGGCCAAAGAGUGUCGAUAUCCGUCUCAUGCUGAAGUACAAAGUUUAGCAGAUGAUUUGCUGCUGGGUCUGAUUUAAAAGCAAGGGCUCUGCUCAACUCUUUUCUGCCACAAAGUGGUGACAGCUUCAAUCUGGCAGUAGGUGUGGUGAAGAGCCCAGAGCAGCAGAGGCCCAGGGAGUUUGAUUGUGGCAGCCAUGUUUCAUUUCAGGGUUACGGAGGAUCUCAGUUGCUGCUUUAAUUCCAGUGAGGAUCCAGAUGCUAUUUGUUCACAAUAUGGAUUGUCUUGUAUGGAAAAGCAGGUUCCAGACUGCAUAUGCUCUCUAUAUUUUCUUCAUCCUAUCUUUCUCAAUUACCCAAGGAGUUAAUAUAUUGGUUGUUCCAAUUGAUGGAAGUCACUGGGUCAAUAUGAGGAUUCUAAUUGAAGAGCUGACACCACGUGGGCACAAUAUCACUGUGCUUUAUGCCUCACCAUCUUUGUACAUUAAAGAGAAGCCUGAUCUGAAUAAAUACAUUGUGGUUGAAAUGCAAAGAAAUGCGAGUGAAAAUACCAGUGCAGAAGUUAUCCAGAAUUUCGUAAAAAAUGCACUAGAAGCUUUACAGAAUGGUUAUGACUCUUAUGCAUUUCUUAAUGAAAUAAUGUCUUUUCUGUGGAACUGUCACAUUUGGACACGAGAGUUUAUUGUUGCAAUUUUUGAAAACAAACAUUUGUUAAGACAACUUGAAACUGCGCACUUUGACUUAGUACUAACAGAUCCUGCUUUUCCUACAGGUUCAAUCGUGGCUUAUUAUUUAAAACUCCCAGUGGUGUACAAUGUUCGAUGGGUCACCACUGGAGAAGCUCAUUUUUUAACUGCCCCAUCACCACUGUCUUAUGUACCAACCCAUGGCCUAAAAUUGUCAGAUAAAAUGAAUUUUCUUCAAAGAACACAAAAUGUAUGUCAAAAUCUGGUUCAAUCACUCAUCGCAAACAUUGUAUUUCAGGCUUUAUAUAAUGAUCUCUGCUAUCACUAUCUGGGCCCAGAUACAGACAUUGAGACUGUUCUCCUGAGGGCAGAUGUGUGGCUGAUGAGAGUAGAUUUUAUAUUUGAAUUUCCAAGACCCACCAUGCCAAAUAUUGUUUAUAUUGGAGGAUUCCAGUGUAAACCAUCCAAGCCUUUACCUCUAGAGUUUGAAGAGUUUGUCCAGUCCUCGGGGGACCAUGGGAUUAUUGUCAUGUCACUGGGGACCAUUGUUAGCUCUUUGCCAAUGCAUAUUACAAUGCAAAUAGCAGAGGCCUUUGCUCAAGUACCUCAGAAAGUUAUCUGGAGAUAUGAUGGAAAUAUCCCUCCCAACAUUGGAAAUAAUACGCUACUGGCGAAAUGGAUCCCUCAGAAUGAUCUACUCGGGCACCCAAAGACACGAGCCUUUAUUGCUCACGGUGGCACCAAUGGAGUUUAUGAAGCCAUCUAUCAUGGGGUGCCAGUAGUUGGAAUGCCAUUGCUUUUUGACCAGUUUGAUAAUUUACUCCGACUUGAAAUCCGAGGUGCAGCAAAAGUGAUUAAUGUUGCAACCAUGCGGUCAACAGAUCUAUUGCAGGCACUGAAUGAGGUUAUACAUAACACCUCUUAUCGGGAGAACAUGCAAAAACUCUCUGCACUGCACAGAGACCAACCCGAGACUCCGAUGGAGAGAGCUAUUUUCUGGAUUGAGUAUGUUGCUCGACACAAAGGGGCAGCACAUUUACGUUCAGAGUCUUACCAACUCCCCUGGUACAUUUACUAUUGUGUAGAUGUGAUGAUCUUUCUGUUGUCAUUGUUCCUCAUAGUUAUAGCGCUGACAGUCCUACUAUUGAAAAAGCUUUGCAACAUUUCUUGGAUUAAAAAGCAAAAAAUUCAUUAAGAUUUAUAUUUUGGCUUGUGAAAGAAUUCAGUGUAUUAUUUCACAUUGAUAAUAAAGACCUUUAUUCCAGUAUCUAAUGCAUUUAUUUUUAAUGCUGAAAAAAAUUAAAUGCAUAAUUUGAUCAGAUAUCACUGGAAUAGCAUGUUAGUCAAUGCUUGCCAGUAUGAGCAGGUAAGAAGGGUGAAAUUCUAUUUGUGUGCCAAAUUUAAAGGGAAGAUAAACAUAUUUUGGAAGUACUGUUCAUAACAAAUCAACACAGUUGACUCAUGUCGAUUUUGCCUGCAGUAAUAUAUUUUGUCUACUUAUGUUAUCCCUCAUAAUAUAAGAAAUGAAAUAUGGAUAACGUGAUAAUGGAGAGUCCAGCAGACAUUUACUACAACUCCUUAAUAAAUAG